GAAGAGAACAGACUUCCGCAAAACUGCCUCAUAGAGGGACCCAGAGUGAUUAGAGGGACAGAGUAGUUGCUGAGUGCUUUCUAAUGGCUGACAAGAACUACAUUGAGGAAUCUGAGCCCUUGCCUGAGAAAGAGGAGACCGUGGAAUGGGGCUAUGAGGAAGGAGUUGAGUGGGGUUUAGUCUUUCCUGAUGCCAAUGGAGAAUACCAGUCUCCUAUCAACUUGAAUUCAAGAGAAGCCAAAUAUGACCCUAAACUGCUGGAAGUACGUUUAUCACCAAACUAUGUUGUGUGCCGUGAUUGUGAAGUAAUCAAUGAUGGUCACUCAGUCCAGAUACUUCUAAAAUCCAAAUCAGUGCUAGUAGGAGGACCAUUACCUCGGGGACAUGAAUUUGAACUGCAUGAUGUUCGCUUUCACUGGGGUAGAGAAAACCAGCGUGGCUCUGAACACACUGUUAAUUUUAAAGCGUUUCCCAUGGAGCUUCACCUAAUUCACUGGAACUCCACAAUGUACCAUGGUAUUGAUGAGGCAAUUGGGAAGAAGAAUGGCAUCACCAUCAUUGCUUUAUUUGUGCAGAUAGGAAAAGAACAUUCAGGCCUAAAAGCUGUGACUGAUAUUCUGCAAGAUAUCCAGUACAAGGGGAAGACCAAGACAAUACCCUGUUUUAAUCCCAAUACUUUAUUGCCAGACCCACUGUUACGAGAUUAUUGGGUGUACGAAGGCUCUCUUACAGUUCCACCCUGCAGUGAAGGUGUUACAUGGAUAUUAUUUAGAUAUCCAUUGACUGUAUCCCAACUUCAGAUAGAAGAAUUUCGAAGACUGAGGUCACAUGUUAAAGGGGCAGAACUCCUAGAAGGGUGCGAUGGAAUUCUAGGAGAUAACUUUCGGCCCACACAGCCUCUUAGUGACAGAGUUAUAAGGGCAGCCUUCCAGUAGUAGAUAGGAACAAUGAAAAGAUUUGGAUCCCUUUAAUAGUGACCUUCAACCAAAGGAUCCUACCCCGGAGAUCAUGUUGUCCUUGAACCUGCCUGAAACCAAGCAAGGGAAACACUCUAUAUCUGUAUAAGAAACAGGAUUUGAUGCUGGACUCUGAUCCCAAGAGCAGUGCCUUCUAUCAAGGAAUCUCAACUUCUUUCUAAAUUAACACACCAGCCUACCUAAGACUGCUCACUUUUCUCUAGGAAAUGGUUGAAUUUGAAGAAGGUAUAAUUUGAGGACAUUUACUAGUUUCACAGUGCUAAGAUACAAUCCAAAACAUUGUUCCUUUCAGUUUUCACUAAAAGGCAGAACUUUGGCCGCUCUCAAGAUUUCAUUGGGACAUAAGAGCUCAAAUGAGUUCUAAUCUCUUUUGGGAUUAUCCUUUCUUCUGCAAUCUCCUUGGUGCCUGCUAUUUUUCUACUUACUUAAUUCAGAGGAUUGGCAAUUGUCUAUGAUUUUUCAUCUGCUACCAGUGACCUCCACUGUGCCAGGCCAACACCUCACAGCUUUGCACAAUAUCUGUGUGUUCUUCACUUCAACUGGAACAGGGAUCCUGUGACUUGUUGAUCAUGUCAUCUGCAAAUUUGUUUUUCUGUACUGAAAAUUGUUUUUUUGGGUGGGUGAGGGAGAAUUUGAGGAAUUUCCUGCUGAUACUUUAUGAACUGUAAAGAAAGGUAUGAACCUCAUUUUGUUCUCCUUAUGCAAAGAGUUGCUGUGCUCUGAAAGCUCAUGGAUUAUGUUAUUCUUACAUGUGCCUAAUAUUGUCCAAACCUGAGGUUCAGGAAACUAGUUCUACUAAUUUGCACUGGAAAUUAAUGUUUUCACAGCAUUGAUUGGCUGCUGGCUUGUGACACCAUACAUUUCUCUCUCAAGGAACACUUUGAACACUUUAAAAAGUUUAUUUCCCUCCCUCUUUUCCAACUGUUAAAUGAAUGACUAAUUGGUUAAAUUUAAAAAAGUUAUCUAUUGUCCCUUGCUAGGGACAAAGCACAUUAAUCAAACAGUAUUUGAUUUGCUGAUAAGUACACCUGAAGGAAAGAGGGGUCCAUUCUGCACAGCACAAAUAAAAUGUCCUGAGGAUGGGGGUGAGGGAGGCAUCCUGAGGAGGAACUCUGCACAGCUUUUCCCCCAAGAUUUCCUCAGAACACCUUAUUUCUGCUCAAGGUGUCAUCUUUUGAAAAUGUUUUAAAAUGCAGUAAGAAAAACUAAGACAGUCUGCAAAGGGCAGGUCUACCCAAUCCUUCUCAAUGGGUGGUACAGCAGUUCUCAAUUGCUAAGAUUCUUGUAUGUUUGUCUGCAUAGCUAUAAAUACAGCUGCAGAGCAAACUUCCUGGGACAACCUUCAGCAAAUUGAGGGAGAGAGAAUUCAAGCGGAGGGUGAAACUGAUCGCAGAGUUAAAUGGUCAGGCAGGAAAAAACCUCUGUCUUUCUUUGAUGCCUGUACUGUCUGGAAAACAAAAGAGAGGCAGCUUUUUUAAAGAUGUCCCCAGGAUGUCUUAUUUUGGGUGUGCGGAGUAAAAUUAAGAUGCCUCUUUUUAAGAUGUCCCCCAGACAUCUUUUUUGUGCUGUAUGGAAUGGACCAUGGAGAGCGCAGCAAGCCAUUUUUAAGGUACGUAUAUCAUGUCUUUCCUUUUUACUAUGUCCCCUUUACUAUUAAGGUUGCAAUGUAAGUAGCAUAACCUACACAUUAUUAGUAAAGAUAUGAUUUUGUAGUAUCUGCUUGCAAUUCAUAUGCUUUGUUAAACAAUGAAAUAUAUUGCAAUAUAUGCCUUUUAUAUAAGAUAUUAAAUAGGCUGAUUUCUGCAAUCUUGUCAAGUUUAUUGUUCUUGACGUUUCUAGGCAACAUUUCUAUUCUAUCCUGAUUACUGGAAGCCUUUGUGAAUUUUCUGGGCUACAAUGACGAACUGCCUAUAAGGGGCAGUCUAGUAGGAAAUCUACUACUAGAUUUCCUACUAGAAAACUAGUUUGGAAAUCUAAUAGUUUGGAAUUUUGUUCUUUUUUCUGUGUUAUGAAUGCUGGAAUGAGCUUUCACAAAUUCUUUUUCAUUUUCUGUUUUAAAUAGCAUAAGCAAUACUCCUAUUGAUUUCUAGUAACCAAUGUGAAGGAAGAACAAUUGCCCAUUUUAUCAUAGCUGUUUAGGUAAUUAUUUUCAUGCCAGCCAUUUGAAUUUAUCUUGUAUUCAAAAAGGAGGUUGGCCUUACUGUUUACCAGGAUGUCUAGCUGUCCUCCCCACUUCAUAUAAGGAUUGCAAAAGCUAAUAAUAAAGUCCAGCUUGUCUGUAUUCAAACAUAAAUUAAGGUACUAGGAGAAACAGAUGCAAUUCACAUCUAUCAUUAGCAGAAAUAUCAAAAUAUCCAGAAUGCUAAACUGAGCAGGCAUUCUGAAAGAGAAAUAUUCAGUAUAUACUUUGCAUAGCAAGUUCCACCCAAACACUUACUGAUUGGUUCCCCACCCUGGGACAUGGACAGUAUACCGCACUAAACUUUCCCUUCUCACUAAACACAGUGUGAAAUAGACUUUUCACUGUGAUACACCAGCCACAGAUGCAGGUGAAACAUGAGGAACAAGAUACACCAGACCACAGCCACACAGCCUGGACGUUGAAAAGCUUUUGGAGAAUCAUAGAGCUAAGUGAGCAUUUAAUAUUCAAAGAACAACUGCACCAGGAAUCAACCACAGGAAUUAGUAUCUAUGACAAAGGGAAUGUACACAUUAGAAUUUAUUUUUGACACAAUAAACCUUUUUACUUUUUUAAGAAUAAGAAAUAGCAAAGCAGAAUGUCUCAUCAAUGGGAACUGAAAAGAUGUUUCCCUAAAAGUUGAGAAAGAGUGGCUGUGAAUCAGCACACCCACAGUUGCUGCUUGGGAUGGGCAGCAAGAAGUCCCCAGCUUCAGCCUUGAUGGGGCGGAAGUAAGCUGUUAGCCAUGCCAUGGCAGGGCAGACAGGUGUUGCAGUGCUUACCCCGCAAUGUCAUCAGGAAAGGAGGCUAGCCUGAACCCGUAAAGGUCCCGGCCAGCCUUUGUGCCGGCCAUGUGCUUGGGCCGGCCAGCGACUUGCCUGCCCCCCUCUUCCCAUAGAGCUUUGGAUUUUGUUAAUGCAUGCUUCUUU